AUGGCGGAGCUGGGGGACCCCCGGCAGAAGGAUUUCUGCUUCCCAAAGCUUGGACAGAUGGAGGAGGAGGCUGCGAGGAAGAGGAAGAUGCCGCAGGCCCCCCAGGCAGGAGAGGAGGAAGUCAGUGCCCCUUUGGGUCGGUCCUUUGUCUUUUGUGGCCGUCCUGCCGGGGCCGGAGUUGGGGGGAUGUCCUUGGGCUUCCCUGUGGGCCGGAGGCAAAUCCCCUACCUGUCCUUGUUGCUUCCUGCCCCAGGCCCCGAGGUGAGGCCGGAGAGCGCGGAGGACAAAUCCCGGCGGCAGAGCCUGGUGGGAGAGGCCGUUUUGAAGGGCUCCCCGGCACAGGAAGGCAGCGGGGAGGAAAAGGGCCGGAGAUGCCCCCGCAGGAGGGGCUCCAAAGCCAGCCCAGGGGGCUGUGAGGAGGAAAGAGCCAGCGUGUGCCGGGAAGGCGGCCGGAGCUUGAGGCGGAGCUGCGAGCUGGUGGUCCCUGAGCAGCCUCCCAGCAGGGAAAAGCCCUUCAGCUGCUUGGAAUGUAGGAAGAGCUUCAGCAGGAGCACUGACCACCUCAGCCACCAGAACAUCCACAGUGGGGAACGGCCCUACACGUGUGGGGAGUGUGGGAAGAGCUUCAAACGGAGCUCACACCUGUUCGGACACCAGGUGAUCCAUAGUAGAGAAAGGCCCUACACGUGUGGGGAGUGUGGGAAGAGCUUCAAACGGAGCUCCCACCUGCUCCGACACCAGAUGAUCCACAGCGGGGAACGGCCAUACACGUGUGGGGAGUGUGGGAAAAGCUUCAGGCACAGCUCCACACUCCGAACCCACCGUCGCAUCCACAGUGGGGAACAGCCCUACACCUGUGGGGAGUGUGGGAAGAGCUUCAAACGGAGCUCCCACCUCCUCAACCACCAGCACAUCCACAGUGGGGAACGGCCCUACACGUGUGGGGAGUGUGGGAAAAGCUUCAGGCACAGCUCCACACUCCGCACCCACCGUCGCAUCCACAGUGGGGAACAGCCCUACACCUGUGGGGAGUGUGGGAAGAGCUUCAAACGGAGCUCCCGCCUCCUCAGCCACCAGAUGAUCCACAGUGGGGAAAGGCCCUACAUGUGUGAGGAAUGUGGGAAGAGUUUCACUCAGAGCUCCAACCUGCUCCGACACCAGAUGAUCCACAGUGGGAAAGGCCCUACACGUGUGCAGAGUGUGGGAAGAGCUUCAGGGACAGCUCCAGCCUUUGCAAACACCGUUGCAUCCACACCAGGGAAUGGCCCUACAAGUGCUUGGAAUGUGGGAAGAGCUUCAGCACAAGCGCCAAGCUGCUCAACCACCAGCACAUCCACACUGGGGAACAGCCCGACACGUCCAGCACGGCUUCCCCAGAGGAAAGGCCUGCUGAUCACACCUGAGUUACUUUAUGACAACAUCACCCCCUGA